UGGGCAGCUCCAAGCCGCGGCCACUUUUAGCUGGGGGCGUGGGUCGGCCCGCGCCUCCGCGGCUCAGCGGCCCCACCUGCGAGGAGAGGGCGGGAUGCCCGAGCCAGGUGCGCCGGUGCUUUAAGGCCCCGCGCCGCCGGACGUCCCUCCACGGCCGCUCGCGUCGCCUCUAGGCUGCCUGGAGCGUGGUUUUGAGGAGAGCUUUCUGAGCAGCCGCGAUGGCCAGCACCAGGAGUAUUGAGCUGGAGCACUUUGAGGAGCGGGACAAAAGGCCGAGGCCGGGGUCUCGGAGGGGGGCGCCCAGCUCCUCCGGGGGCAGCAGCAGCUCGGGCCCCAAGGGGAACGGGCUCAUCCCCAGCCCAGCUCACAGUGCCCACUGCAGCUUUUACCGCACGCGGACCCUGCAGGCCCUCAGCUCGGAGAAGAAGGCCAAGAAGGCGCGUUUCUACCGGAAUGGGGACCGCUACUUCAAAGGCCUGGUCUUUGCCAUCUCCAGCGACCGUUUCCGGUCCUUCGAUGCGCUCCUCAUGGAGCUCACCCGCUCCCUGUCAGACAACGUGAACCUGCCCCAGGGCGUCCGCACCAUCUACACUAUCGACGGCAGCCGGAAGGUCACCAGCCUGGACGAGCUGCUGGAAGGUGAGAGCUACGUGUGUGCAUCCAACGAACCGUUCCGUAAAGUCGAUUACACCAAAAAUAUUAAUCCGAACUGGUCUGUGAACAUCAAGGGUGGGAUGCCCCGAACCUUGGCCGCCACCACCUCUGUGAAGAGUGAAGUCAAAGAAAGUAAAGAUUUCAUCAAACCCAAGUUAGUGACUGUGAUUCGAAGCGGAGUGAAGCCUAGAAAAGCCGUGCGGAUCCUUCUGAAUAAAAAGACUGCUCAUUCCUUUGAACAGGUCUUGACUGAUAUCACCGAAGCCAUUAAGCUAGACUCGGGAGUGGUCAAGAGGCUCUGCACCUUGGAUGGAAAGCAGGUUACUUGUCUUCAGGACUUUUUUGGCGAUGAUGAUGUUUUUAUUGCAUGUGGACCUGAAAAAUUCCGUUACGCCCAGGAUGACUUUGUCUUGGAUCACAGCGAAUGUCGUGUCCUGAAAUCAUCUUAUUCUCGCGCCUCAGCCGUUAAAUAUUCAGGAUCCAAAAGCCCUGGGCCUUCUCGUCGCAGCAAAUCACCAGCUUCAGUCAGGAGGGGAGGCCAUCACUCCAGUGCCUAUUCUGCAGCCAAGUCCCCAGUUAAUGGAACUCCCAGCAGCCAACUCUCUACUCCUAAAUCUACGAAAUCCUCCAGUUCUUCUCCAACUAGCCCAGGAAGUUUCAGAGGAUUAAAGCAGAUUUCUGCUCACGGCAGAUCUUCUUCCAAUGUGAAUGGUGGACCUGAACUUGAGCGUUGCAUGAGUCCUGAAGUUAUUGGCGGACACAACAUCUUUGUUGGUGUGAAUGGAAACAGGUGCUCUGAAUCAUCAACUCUUCUUGAGAAAUACAAAAUUGGGAAGGUCAUUGGUGAUGGCAAUUUUGCAGUAGUCAAAGAAUGCAUGGACAGGUCCACUGGAAAGGAAUUUGCUCUGAAGAUCAUAGACAAAGCCAAGUGUUGUGGAAAGGAACACCUGAUUGAGAACGAAGUGUCGAUACUGCGCAGAGUGAAACACCCCAACAUCAUCAUGCUCGUCGAGGAGAUGGAGACGGCGACCGAGCUCUUCCUGGUGAUGGAACUGGUCAAGGGUGGAGACCUCUUUGAUGCAAUUACUUCUUCAACCAAGUACACGGAGAGAGAUGGCAGCGCCAUGGUGUACAACCUGGCCAACGCCCUCAGGUAUCUCCACAGCCUCAGCAUCGUGCACAGAGACAUCAAGCCAGAGAACCUCUUGGUGUGUGAAUACCCCGAUGGAACCAAGUCUUUGAAACUGGGAGACUUUGGGCUGGCCACGGUGGUAGAAGGCCCUUUGUACACGGUCUGUGGCACGCCGACUUACGUGGCCCCUGAAAUCAUCGCUGAGACCGGCUAUGGCCUGAAGGUGGACAUUUGGGCGGCUGGUGUGAUCACCUACAUACUUCUAUGUGGAUUCCCACCAUUCCGAAGUGAGAACAAUCUCCAGGAAGACCUCUUCGACCAGAUCUUGGCUGGGAAGCUGGAGUUUCCAGCGCCCUACUGGGAUAACAUCACAGACUCAGCUAAGGAAUUAAUAAGUCAAAUGCUUCAGGUAAACGUUGAAGCUCGGUGUACUGCGGGACAAAUCUUGAGUCACCCCUGGGUGUCAGACGACACUUCCCAGGAGAACAACAUGCACGCUGAGGUCACAGGUAAACUAAAGCAGCACUUUAAUAACGCGCUUCCCAAACAGAGCAGCACUACCACCGGGGUUUCUGUCAUCAUGGUAAGUGGGGCACAGGAUCUGCCACAGGGAGCCAUGGCAUCUGGCCUGACUGCUGAGCUGGCCUCGAGUCCUCUGAGCCAAGAGCUCAGCUCACUGGGAAGUCGGUGCCUUCCACGUUCCUAUGUUCACGGGAGGAUGGGCUUACACAUGGAGGGCACUCAACUUCCCAGGCCUUGGGCACUGGGGGUGGUGCCUGCAGGUGCCAAGGAAGCCAGACUGACGGGUUCAGGUGCCAGGAGCUCCUGGGCAGCAGCCUCCGCCUUGUCUCCCUGUCUUGUUUAGAGAGAGAGCCCCAAUGGGGUGUGCAUUGUGAGCAAAGGCCUACUCUAGGAUUCACACAUAGAUUAUUCUAUGGGAUAAAAGAGUCAAAGGUAGACGAAUUUGAUGUUUUAAAAAUUGGUGUUUUGUAAAAGACAGUUUGGGAGCUUUUGAAAUUACAGAACAACAUUUAAAAAUUUUUUUUUCAUGAUUAGUAAAAUGUUACAAAGUAACAAGAAUCACUGUUUUUUUUUUUUCCAAUACUGGGGACUGAACUCAGGGAUGCUGUACCACUGAGCUUCAUCCUCUGCCCAUUUUAUUUGAGACGGGUUCUCACUAAAUUGCUGAGAUGGACCUAGAACUUGUGAUCUUCCUGUGGAGUAGCUGGGAUUACAGGCAUGUGCCACUGCACCCAGCUUCCAGAAGGUUUUUAAAGGAAGCUUACCUAUAAACACAACAAACAAAAGUGAAAAGUAACAUUAAGAUAAGGGAAGCCAAAGGAAAGUAACAGCAGAAGAAACUGAGUCAGAAGUGAGGUCAGUACACCCACUACCAGCUGUCCAGCCUCAGGGGCGGCCCCUCUCCCCUGGGAAAGGUUCUGUUGGUUUCCUUCCCCUCUGGAGGGAAGACUGUGGCUUCUCGCGGAAGCUUGUAGUCUAGGAACUUGAUGUAGGAAGAUGCAGAGUACACACACACAUGAGCACACGCGUGUGCAUAUAUGUGCAACGCACCCUUGUGAAUGGGAACUGCUCUGCUGUCCUGGUUGAGGUCCUCCACCACAGUCCCAACAGCUGCUGGCCUGUCACUCUCCUCUCCUCGGGGGAGGCUGCCUUCACUUGGCAGCCCUGCAUGUCCCCGCAGUUCCCCCUGCUUCCCUGGGAAGUGUGCUGUCCCCUCCUUCCCCAGACAAAGCGUGGGCCUUGUGACAACUUGCAGGACUUUAGGGUGCUCCAUGCCAGAGACGCAGGCGGCCUCUGCAGUUGCGGCUUUUUCCCCUAGCAGUUUUAACAGUAUUUUGCCAAAAGCCUGGAAAACCCGAGUCAAUCAAUCACAGAAUGACAACUUAAACGCUUUGAAAAGAGCCAUCCCGACUGAGCCGACAGUAUAAAGGCUUUUCACACGACUCCCUCAUGAGAGCUGGCAUCAAGGGUGGGAUAAGUAGCAUGCAGCCUUGCCACUGCCCACGUCAUAAGGCUACUUCUGGGAAAGUUUAGAAAAGUGUCAAAAAUUGGCAUGCACAGGCUGAGGAUGCAAUUUGGUGGAAGGGUACAUGUUUAGAAGUGAGAGGACCUGGGUUCCGUCCCCAGCACUGGAAAAAAAAAAUUUGCAUAGUCGGCAUGCAAUGAAAAAACCUUAAGAGGGAUUCAUUGUCAUCAACAUAACUAUGUUAUUAGCCUUAUAAUUUAGAAGGAAGAAUCUCUACAGCCCUGUGCCCAGAAUUCACUGAGUGAUCAUCUGCUGGGGCACCUUUCAACUCAGGGGUCAGUCAGGUUCUGGGAUGACUGGCUGCUCUACCUUAUGGCCCAGAGCAGCCUGUGUUCUGGAUAAGGAUGCAGACAGAACCUAUAUGUGGUUCUCCAAUGGUGGUUGUCCGUUUGCUGAUGAAGGAGGUCAACAGUCAAACGUCAGUCUUCUCAGCUCUAGAGAAGCUUGUGUGAAUGUACCACUCCUUUAUUUGUAAUUCCAGUGGUGAUUGUGGAAGCUGCAUGUUGACAUGCAUGCUCUCUGGUCAUUGUGUGCUUUUGGCAGGGUCCUGUCUAACCUCGUGUUCCCCACACAACUCUGCAGGUUGUCAGCUCUGAGGAACUGCUGAAUGGCACUGUCACAUUCAGUACCUACAGGAGAGAUCCAUGAAGCUUGUCCCUGGCAGUACCCAUUCUCAGGGCCCAAAGUCAGCCUGUGAAUUUUGGCUUAUUCCCAAAAGUGGCAGGAGGAAGAGGCCUCCUGGUCUUCCUCGCCCAGUCUGGACCUGACCUGGGGCAUGGUUGUAUGGGGAAUGUGUGUGGUGCUCUGUGCCUUCAUCUUCAUCACCAUUACCACACGUCUGAGCAGUUUUUAAUACAUUUUAUGUCAAAAAGUAACCACAAAAUGAUUUUCCCUGGCAUGCAUAUGUCCUCAUUACUGGGAUAUAUGAGCUAAUAUAGUUUCUUGCAGACACAGAUGACGGUAGAAAUGGGGUGUAUGAGUUUUGUGGCUAGAUCAUUAGACAGCUCUUGUGCAACUACAGACAGGACCCUCCUGCCCCAUCACUCCAAUGUUUUCUGACCCUCCGUGCCCUCAGGGUUGAUGCCUGAGGCUCCACUGAGAAGAUUAUAGGAUAGGAAUUGGUGAAUAAAGGUCAAAGAAGUAAAGCUGAUGCUGUUGUCUGCAUUUUAUUUGACAGUUUGAUUUGACAGUUUGAGAGGCACCUCAGAGUUUCCUCCUUUACCCAGUUGAGACUGUGGGAAAUCCCGAAGCAGAAUGCUGGUAUUCAAUGUGCUGUGCUUCCUCAGAGCAGCUCCUAAUUCUCGGCCCUUUCCACCCGCAUGCUUCUCAGACUCUGUGCUCCCAGGCAGCCCUUAGCUUCCUCCUGAUGAGGCGCUUCCUGACAUCCUCCCUGCCAGCCGGGCACGCCCCUGGAAACUACGUGAAAACUUCUCAGCUCUGCACUCUGCCCGCCUUCCCUGAUCCUUCCCAGAUCAGAAGUGCGAGGGAGGAUCCCAAUAGUUCUGCUGUUUUCCCUCAGGGGCAAGAGCGUCCUUUAGGGCACGACAGGGAUCUUGCCAGUGUUUUUGUGAGGGUUUUUGUUGUGUUUCUCCAACUACAUUUCCAAAGCUGAAUUUUUAUCAAUAAGAUGGUCUGAUGCCAGGUAGCCUUGGGAUAAGCGAGGAUAAUUACCUGGGACAGGGCUCUGGUUUCAGGGAGGACCGUGUUUGGGCCGUAUACUUCCAUUUCCUCGUGACUGGUCCUCAGCCUGCUUAAGGAAGGACAGUGCAUUCUGCGGGGUGGCUGCUUUGUUCAUCCCGGGCUCAUCCCAGCCUCAGAUGAGCAGCGGCCAUCUCGUGGCAGAGAAGGGAAUGACAAGGACCCUGCUGCCUGCAGGGGCCGGGGCUGGAGAAAGGCCCCGCCCAUGGAGCGCCUCCUCCGCGGGGGUGGGGUGGCCGCCUUCAGGGGGCCCCUGGGGGACAUCUGGGGUGGCUUCCUUAGUUUAAGAUAGACAAAACUGUCCACCAUGUUGCUUCUGUUGAAAGUAAGUCUGGUUUCUGUCCCCGCUUCUCUCCUCCCUCUCUCGCGCUCCCGCCGCCGCCUUGCUCCCCCUGCCUAGGUCCCGGGCCACGGUACGUACUAACCGCACCGCCACCGCCGCCCGCUCUCGCGCUGCCCCGGGAGGAGGAGAGGAGGAGUAACGGGACAGCGGAGGGUGGCUUGCUUCCACCCGGGAAUGUGCUGUGCUUAUGGUG